UCUUACUCGGCUAGUUGUAAAAUUCCGUGGCUCUGCUGUUGUUUCGAUUUUCAUCGCGAAAACCCCAGCGAAAUAGUGCAAUAAACCGUGGAAAAGUGACACCAUCCGCCCAACGACCUUGCGGAGUGGUAAAAUGUCGUGUGCGGCCACUUUAUCGACGGCCAAGGACUCGACAAAUGCAGCAAAUGCCAGUGGAGCUCCAACAAACACCAACACCAAUACAGGCGGCCAGCAACAACAACAACAAUCAACGGCUGUGGGUGUGGUAGUGAGCAGUGCAACAGGGGGCGGGGGUGGAGGUCCGGGUGGCACCACCUCGUCGGCUUCCUCAUCAGCGGGGGGCGCGACAACGGGGGGCGGUGGAGCAGGAAUUCCCAGCUCAGCGGCCGCCGUUGUCCGCCGUUUUUCAAUGGAAGGAGUGGGUGCCAGAGUGAUCCGCGGACCAGAUUGGAAGUGGAACAAACAGGAUGGCGGAGAAGGACACGUGGGCACCGUGCGCAAUUUCGAAUCCGCCGAGGAGGUAGUGGUUGUCUGGGACAACGGCACCGCUGCUAAUUACCGCUGCGCCGGAGCCUAUGAUCUUCGUAUCCUGGACAGUGCUCCGACUGGCGUAAAACACGAGGGCACCAUGUGCGACACUUGCCGCCAACAACCGAUCUUCGGCAUCCGCUGGAAGUGCGCCGAGUGCAUCAACUACGAUCUAUGCUCCAUCUGCUAUCACGGCGAUAAGCAUCACCUGAGGCAUCGCUUCUACAGGAUUACGACGCCAGGAGGCGAGAGAACCAUGUUGGAACCGCGUCGAAAGUCAAAGAAAGUACUGGCCAGGGGCAUUUUCCCGGGAGCUCGAGUCGUUCGUGGUGUGGACUGGCAGUGGGAGGACCAGGAUGGUGGAGUUGGUCGGCGUGGCAAGGUCAACGAGAUACAGGAUUGGUCCUCCGCCUCGCCGAGAUCCGCCGCCUAUGUGAUCUGGGACAAUGGCUCCAAGAAUCUGUAUCGCGUGGGAUUCGAGGGAAUGGCUGAUCUAAAGGUCGUCAACGAUGCCAAGGGCAGUAAUGUUUACCGGGAUCAUCUGCCACUAUUGGGUGAAAAUGGCCCUGGUAAAGGACCACAUGGCUUCCAGAUUGGCGACAAGGUCACCGUGGACUUGGACCUGGAAAUUGUGCAAUCUUUGCAGCACGGACAUGGCGGCUGGACCGAUGGCAUGUUCGAGUGUUUAAGCAACGCCGGAAUGGUUGUGGGCAUCGAUGAGGAUCACGACAUUGUGGUGGCCUACAACUCCGGCAAUCGCUGGACCUUUAACCCAGCUGUUCUCACGAAAGUGUCUUCGCCGACGACAGCUCCACCGGAAUUCCAAGUGGGCGAUAUAGUAAAGAUCUGUUCGGAUGUGGAGAGCAUCAAGAUUCUGCAGCGUGGCCACGGAGAAUGGGCUGAUGCCAUGCAGCUGACCCUGGGCAAGAUUGGCAGGGUGCAACAGGUCUACCAUGACAAUGACCUCAAGGUGGAGGUGGGCAACACUUCGUGGACCUACAAUCCGCUGGCCGUUUGUAAAGUGGCCUCGUCCACGGCCUCCGAUGGGGGAUGUGCUCCGGUUAUUCCUAGUGGAGAGCGACUCUCAGCCAUUCUUAAGAAGCUGUUCGAACCAAAUGUCUCGGGCGAUGCCACCGAGGAGUUCGUCAAGGCAGCAGCCAAUGGAUUUGCAGCACGUUGCGAGGAGUACUUGGCCGGCGCAGCUCAACCUUCGACUUCCAGCGCCUCGCCAAGUUCCGGUCCGGAUGUGAAUGUGAAUGGCGUGUUUGCCGGACAUACGGCCCUGCAGGCGGCCAGCCAGAAUGGCCACAUCGAGGUCAUUCAAGUGCUAUUGCGUCACGCCGUCGACGUGGAGAUCGAGGACAAGGACGGAGAUCGAGCUGUACACCAUGCCGCCUUCGGCGAUGAGGCGGCGGUCAUCGAGAUUUUGGCCAAAGCUGGGGCGGAUUUGAAUGCGCGCAACAAGCGAAGGCAAACUUCUUUGCAUAUUGCCGUGAAUAAGGGCCAUUUGAACGUGGUAAAGACACUGCUCACGCUGGGCUGCCAUCCCAGCUUGCAGGAUUCCGAGGGUGAUACACCGCUGCACGAUGCCAUAUCCAAGGAGCACGACGAAAUGCUGUCUCUGCUGCUGGACUUCGGGGCUGACAUCACCCUGAACAACAACAAUGGCUUUAAUGCCUUGCAUCAUGCUGCCUUGAAGGGCAACCCCAGCGCCAUGAAGAUUCUGCUGACCAAGACAAACCGUCCUUGGAUCGUGGAGGAGAAAAAGGAUGAUGGCUACACUGCCCUGCACCUAGCGGCACUCAAUAACCACGUUGAGAUAGCGGAGCUACUCGUGCACAUGGGCAAGGCGAACAUGGACCGGCAGAAUGUGAAUCUCCAGACGGCUCUGCAUCUUGCGGUGGAACGUCAGCACGUACAGAUUGUCAAGCUGCUGGUGCAGGAUGGCGCCGAUCUAAACAUACCCGAUAAGGACGGGGAUACGCCGCUGCAUGAAGCGCUCAGGCAUCAUACGCUUUCGCAGCUGAAGCAACUGCAGGAUGUAGAGGGAUUUGGCAAGCUGUUGAUGGGCUUACGGAAUGCUAACAACAAGAAGGCGUCGGCUUCGAUUGCCUGCUUUUUGGCUGCCAACGGAGCUGACUUGACUUUGAAGAACCGCAAGCAGCAAACUCCAUUGGACUUGUGUCCGGAUCCCAAUCUCUGCAAGACGCUGGUCAAGUGCUAUAACGAAAGGAAAACUGAUGACUCGGAGUUACCGGGAAAUGUGGCUGGAACAAGCUCAAAUGCCAGGGCAAGAGCAGCCAGUGGCAGCCUUAACCAAUCCUCCUCGGCUAGUUUGUCCCUGGCCAGUAUGGCUGCCUCGUCCACCUUCCCUGCCGCUUCAUCAUCUUCCAUUUUUGCACUCAACGGUAAGGCCAACGAAAUGAGCCAAUCUCUGCACGAAGAAGCCCCGAAGUCGACGGCCAGCUUGGAUGAGUGUCUGGUUUGUUCGGAUGCCAAGCGUGACACGGUGUUUAAACCCUGUGGUCAUGUCAGUUGUUGCGAGACCUGCGCGCCGCGGGUUAAGAAGUGCCUCAUUUGCCGCGAAACCGUCUCAUCGCGCGAGAAGAUCGACGAGUGCCUGGUGUGCUCGGAUCGCAGGGCAGCUGUUUUUUUCCGACCAUGCGGCCAUAUGGUUGCCUGUGAGCACUGCAGUGCUUUGAUGAAGAAAUGCGUCCUGUGUCGUACCCAAAUCGACGAGAUCCUGUCGUUUAGUCUCUGCUGUGGAGGAAUCGGACGACCGGAGAAGGUAACGGCGGUGGCAGGAGGAGUGCCGACCGUAGGCUUGCCACUUGCCGAGGAUCGAUUCCUGGAGGCAGCAGCAGCAGCAGCCUGUGCCAAUGCAUCAGGUCACAGCGUGGCCAUGAACAACACCGUGGUUACCCCAGUGGCCGGUAGCGGCAAUCAAUUAAAUAGCCAGAACAAUUUGUUGGCUGCAGCGGCAGCCUCAUCGAAUGUCUCGAAUCUGGCAGCAGCUGGAAGUGUCAUGGUGGCCCCAUCCAACGUCAACAACUUCCAGAUGGAUGAUGUGCAAAAGUUGAAGCAGCAAUUGCAGGACAUUAAGGAGCAGACCAUGUGUCCCGUCUGCUUCGAUCGCAUCAAGAACAUGGUUUUCCUGUGUGGCCAUGGAACCUGCCAGAUGUGCGGCGACCAGAUCGAGGGCUGUCCCAUCUGCCGCAAGACGGUAGAGAAACGCAUCCUGCUAUUCUGAAGCCCCUUUCCGGCACACACAUUCCGCACACAGCCUGCACAGCC